UAUCCGGGGCCGUUAAAUAUCGAAGAGAGAGAAUUCACAUCAGUCCCUCAAAAAAUCGCGGCUUGCCACAAGCUUGCCCCUCCCCUCCCAUCAGAUCCCCUCCUCGAUAGAGCUGAGUGAUCGAUAGGCAGCUAGCUAGGGCUAGAGCAAAAGCAGGGAUGGGGUUGACAUUCACGAAGCUAUUCAGCAAACUUUUUGCGAAGAAAGAAAUGCGAAUUCUGAUGGUUGGUCUCGAUGCCGCCGGUAAGACCACCAUCUUGUACAAGCUCAAGCUCGGUGAAAUCGUCACCACGAUCCCGACUAUCGGAUUUAAUGUGGAGACAGUGGAAUAUAAAAACAUCAGCUUCACUGUUUGGGAUGUCGGUGGUCAGGACAAGAUCCGUCCAUUGUGGAGGCACUACUUCCAAAACACUCAGGGUCUUAUAUUUGUGGUUGAUAGCAAUGACAGGGAUCGAGUUGUCGAGGCAAGGGAUGAGUUGCACAGGAUGUUGAAUGAGGAUGAACUUAGGGAGGCUGUUUUGCUUGUAUUUGCCAACAAACAAGAUCUUCCCAAUGCAAUGAAUGCUGCAGAGAUCACUGACAAGCUCGGUCUUCAUUCUCUCCGCCAACGUCACUGGUACAUCCAGAGCACAUGCGCAACUUCUGGAGAGGGUCUGUAUGAGGGUUUGGACUGGCUUUCCAACAACAUUGCUAGCAAGGCAUGAGGCUUUAAAGAAUUUUGGUCUCUGGCGAUUUGGGAGAUGACAGCUUCCCCCCCUUUUCAGUGAAUGUUGUAAUAGAAGAAUGUUUGGCUAGACCUUUUUAUAUAUAUCGGUUUGUAUGGUUGCUACUUUAGCUAAAUGCUUUUAGCUGUAAACCAGACUUUUUUUAUGUUGCUACAUUCUCUUU